AUAUAUAGAUAGAAACAUCUAUUAUAAAGACUGUGGUUCUGUCUCGGUAACACGGUUGGGAUGGCGAAGGAAGGGAUUGCAGGGAUUGUUCUGGCAUUAGCGCUGCUGUGGAGCCAAGUUUUGGUGGAUGUAGAAGCUCAGUAUACCACAUACUACAGCCAGCUGACACCGAUUCAAUACCCACCAUGGGCAUCGAUUCUUCAACAAAAAGAAACCUUCGAGCUGGAUGACGGCUCACAGCAAGCCCCAGUUCAGCAACAUUAUCAACAGCAUCAACUAGCACCUCAGCAACCACAGGUGCAUCACUCUCAGCAACAAGGUCCCCAGCAAGCCCAUGUGUAUCAGUCACAGAAACCAGCUCCACAUGGGCCUCCUCCUUCAUCGCCAAAAGUUCCUCAACAACAGCCUCUGUUUCAACAAUAUUAUGAACGGCCGCAUCAACCAGCUCCUCAGCAACCACAAAGCCAAUUUCCUGAACAACCACAGCAACCAGCUCCUCAGCAGCCGCUGGUCCACCGAUUUUCAAAACAGCCACAGCAACCAGCUCCUCAGCAACCACAGGUCCCUCAAUAUCCUAAACAGCCACAGCAACCAGCUCCUCUGCCACCCCAGGUCCCUCAAUAUCCUAAACAGCCACAGCAACCAGCUCCUCUGCCACCCCAGGUCCCUCAAUUUCCUAAACAGCCACAGCAACCAGCUCCUCUGCCACCCCAGGUCCCUCAAUAUCCUAAACAGCCACAGCAACCAGCUCCUCAGCAACCACAGGUCCCUCAAUAUCCUAAACAACCACAGCAACCAGCUCCUCAGCAACCGCAGGUCCCUCAAUAUCCUAAACAACCACAGCAACCAGCUCCUCAGCAACCGCAGGUCCCUCAAUUUCCUAAACAGCCACAGCAACCAGCUCCUCUGCCACCCCAGGUCCCUCAAUUUCCUAAGCAGCCACAGCAACCAGCUCCUCUGCCACCCCAGGUCCCUCAAUUUCCUAAACAGCCACAGCAACCAGCUCCUCCGCCACCACAGGCCCCUCAAUUUCCUAAACAGCCACAUCAACCAGCUCCUCAGCCACCGCAUUUCCCUCAAUAUCCUAAACAGCCACAGCAACCAGCUCCUCAACAACCACAGGUCCCUCAAUAUCAUAAACAGCCACAGCAACCAGCUCCUCUGCCACCCCAGGUCCCUCAAUAUCCUAAACAGCCACAGCAACCAGGUCCUCCGCCACCACAGGUCCCUCAAUUUCCUAAACAGCCACAGCAACCAGCUCCUCUGCCACCCCAGGUCCCUCAAUAUCCUAAACAGCCACAGCAACCAGCUCCUCCGCCACCACAGGUCCCUCAAUAUCCUAAACAGCCACAGCAACCAGCUCCUCCGCCACCGCAUUUCCCUCAAUAUCCUAAACAGCCACAGCAACCAGCUCCUCAGGAACCACAGCUUCCACAUCCUCCUCCACCAAAGGUCGCGCAGCAACCACAGGUUCCUAAAUAUCAUCAACAGCAGCCGCAGCAACCAGUUGCUCAGCAACCACAGGUUAAUCAGUUUCCCACAAACCCACAGCAGCAGGCUCCUCAACAACCACAGGUCCCACCUCCCUCUUCACCAAAGGUUCCCCAGCAACCACACGGCCCACAACAUUCUCAACAAUUCUCAGCACCUUUCCCACCACAGGCUUCUCAAAAUUUCCAACCUCAAUAUCUGUCAAGACUUACUUUUCAACGGCCAUCUUCCCCAAAAUAUCACUCACCCCAAGUGCCAAAGGUACCGAUUUCACCACGUGCAAUUAAUUUUCUGUCUCAGCAACAGAACCCCCAUUUUCCACAGAAACCUGAGGAAGCCCAGCAACCGCAACAUUCACAACAACCCCAUCAACCACAGCAACCCCAUCAGCCACAGCAACCCCAUCAGCCACAGCAACCCCAUCAGCCACAGAAGCCCCAUAAUCCACAGCAACCCCAUCAACCACAUCAGCCACAGACGCCCCAUAAUCCACAGCAACCCCAACAUCCACAGCAACCCCAAUAUCCACAGCAACCCCAUCAGCCACAGCAACCCCAUCAGCCACAGAAGCCCCAUAAUCCACAGCAACCCCAAUAUCCACAGCAACCCCAUCAGCCACAGCAACCCCAUCAGCCACAGAAGCCCCAUAAUCCACAGCAACCCCAAUAUCCACAGCAACCCCAUCAGCCACAGAAGCCCCAUAGUCCACAGCAACCCCAUCAGCCACAGAAGCCCCAUAAUCCACAGCAACCGCAACAUCCGCAGCAACCCCAUCAGCCACAGAAGCCCCAUAAUCCACAGCAACCGCAACAUCCGCAGCAACCCCAUCAGCCACAGAAGCCCCAUAAUCCACAGCAACCGCAACAUCCGCAGCAACCCCAUCAGCCACAAACAUCUUUUGUGUCACAAACUGGCAUCCCUCAGCAACCUACCUUUGACAGUUGCAACAUUGCGGAAGGACAGAGAGUUCCAUGCGGCGGUGCUGGAAUAUCUGCUGCUCAUUGUGAAGCUAUCAGCUGCUGCCACGAUGGGCACCAGUGCUAUUUUGGAAAAGCUGUGACCGUGCAGUGCACCAAGGACGGCCAGUUCAUCGUGGUCGUGGCCAGAGAUGCCACUUUGCCCAACAUUGACCUUGAAUCCAUCUCGCUGCUGGCUGGAGGGCAUGGUUGCACUCAUGUUGCGUCCAACUCCGCCUUCGCCAUCUACCAGUUCCCAGUUACCAGCUGUGGCGCUGUUGUCAUGGAGGAGCCAGGAGUUAUAAUCUAUGAGAACAGAAUGUUUUCAUCGUUGGAAGUUGGCGUCGGGCCUUUCGGCGUCAUCACCAGAGAUACCCACUAUGAUUUGAUGUUCCAGUGUCGGUAUGUGGGUACGUCUGUUGAAACGGUGGUAGUGGAGGUCUUCCCAAUACUCACCCCACCGCUGUCAGUGGCCGAAUUUGGGCCCAUCAGAGUGGCACUGAGGCUUGGGAAUGGAGAGUGCAAUGCUAAGGGUUGUAACGAGGUCGAAGCGGCCUACAACUCCUUCUACGUGCAGAGUGACUAUCCGGUGACCAAAGUACUGAGGGAUCCCGUAUAUGUGGAAGUGCAGCUCCUGGAGAAAACAGAUCCCAGCCUUGUUUUGACCCUUGGCCGCUGCUGGACCACCACCAAUCCAGAUCCUCACACCUUGCCUCAGUGGAACCUUCUGGUUGAUGGAUGUCCAUACACCAGCGACCGCUACUUGUCGUCACUGGUUCCUGUUGGCAUGUCCUCGGGUGUGCAAUUCCCAAAUCAUUACAGGCGUUUCAUCUUUAGAAUGUUUACCUUUGUGGACACUAGCUCCCUGGAGCCUUUGAGGACACAGGUGUACAUCCACUGCAGCACCGCCGUGUGCUCCCCUGGUAGCGGCCGCUCCUGCCAGCCGUCCUGCCACAGACAAAGGCGAGAUGUGGAGGUUUCCGAGCAUAUGAAUGAGGCCAAGGUUGUCGUCUCCAUUGGUCCCGUGGUCAUACGUUCCGCCAGUGAAUCAAAAGAGUAAACUUUCAGCUUGAAGAGCAAAUGUCCUGUGAGGAUUGCAGUUUAAACGGAACGCUAAACGCUUAACAUGCAAAAUAAAUUGUGCCAA